AAACCCAAGAACUCCCAAAUUCACUGCUUUCUUCUGCUUUAACCCUAUUCUCUCUCUCUCUGGAUCGGAGAUAUGAACCCUCGCCGGAGAUAUUGAACCGGACUGCUCCACCUUCGUCGUGAUUCCGAUCAUCCGGAUCCCUCAGCCUCUGAGUUUAUUCUAUCCGCAGUUCCACAAAGAUGUUUCUACUUGACUGGUUCUACGGCGUUUUGGCCUCCCUCGGCCUCUGGCAGAAAGAGGCUAAGAUCUUGUUCUUAGGUCUCGAUAAUGCUGGAAAGACCACCUUGCUUCACAUGUUGAAAGACGAGAGACUGGUACAGCACCAGCCUACACAGCACCCAACAUCUGAGGAGUUAAGUAUUGGCAAAAUCAAGUUCAAGGCCUUUGAUUUGGGAGGUCAUCAGAUAGCUCGUAGAGUAUGGAAGGAUUACUAUGCCAAGGUAGAUGCUGUGGUAUACUUGGUGGAUGCCUAUGAUAAGGAGAGGUUUGCAGAAUCAAAGAAAGAACUGGAUGCGCUUCUUUCCGAUGAAGCCCUUGCAAAUGUUCCAUUCCUUAUUUUGGGGAACAAAAUCGAUAUACCUUAUGCUGCAUCAGAGGAUGAGUUGCGAUACCACCUUGGCUUGUCCAAUUUCACCACUGGAAAGGGUAAGGUAAACUUAUCAGACUCAAAUGUCCGUCCAUUGGAGGUGUUCAUGUGCAGCAUAGUACGUAAAAUGGGAUAUGGCGAUGGUUUUAAGUGGCUCUCUCAAUACAUCAAUUAGUAAGAGAGGAGGGUUGGUGAAAGAAAAAGAUGCUUUGUCUUUCGAAUCACCAGGGACUGUGAUUUCAUUUCAGCUCUCCUCCAAAUGCUUAUUUAGGUUCUUAGUGAGAGCUUUUUAGAUUGAAUGUAUUGUGUUGUUGAUUUUGUGUGGAUAUAGAAACUACUACUACUACUACUGUCCCUGCUUUGUAAAAUCGACUUGUAGCCACAAAUCUUUUCAUUUUUACCACAAUAUAGCUAGCUUUGUUAUCUUUGCCA